AAAUAAAUGAAACAACUAGAUUUCCACCGACGCUAGAUUGAGAGAGAGCUAAGCGUCUGGUCGGCAUCAUCCCUCUCUUACCCACCACCCAUACCUAUCCAUCUCACCUACCUCACUCCGGCCACCUCUCGCCGCCCGCCGGUGAUCUAUCUUUAUCUAUCGUGUUUUACUCAACUCCGUCAAAACGGAUAUUUAUACAGAUAUCGAUUGGAGUACUUCCAAAAUGACCACUACAUCACUCGGCGGCGGCGGAGGUCUCGGUUUUGGAAUUGGUGGUCGUUUUAUGGGGUACUCUCCGUCUCCGUCUUCGGCUCCUCAGUCUCCUCAUCUAUCUGGUCUCCGUUCUGCCUCAUCGGCUCUCGUCGAACAAGAAAAAUAUCUUUCGGACUUGUUAGAAGAGCGGCACAAGCUUAGUCCGUUUAUUCCGGUGCUUCCUCAUACUUAUAGGUUGUUGAAUCAGGAAAUAUUGCGUGUAACCACGCUGUUGGGGAAUGCAUCAGUUUUAGGUCAAAGUGGGCUUGAACAUGCUAGCCCUCUGGCUUCUGGAGGAAUGUUUUCAAAUGGAGGAGCUGAUGCAAAUGGCUGGGCAUCACGGUUUCAAUCAGAAAUGUCGGGUUUAUUACAACCCUCAUCAGCACAGAAGUGGCUGAAUUCUCAGGGCAGCUCAUCUGGUCUUAUCGUUAAGAGAACAAUCAGAGUUGAUAUUCCCAUUGAGAAAUAUCCUAACUACAACUUUGUUGGCCGUCUUCUUGGCCCUAGGGGACACUCCCUUAAGCGUGUAGAAGCAACUACUGAAUGCCAUGUUCUGAUCAGAGGGCGUGGCAGCAUCAAAGAUCCAGUCAGGGAGGAAAUGAUGAGAGGGAAACCAGGAUAUGAGCAUCUAAAUGAACCUCUACAUAUCUUGGUUGAAGCAGAAUUGCCUGUUGAAAUAGUUGACGCUCGCAUUGCACAAGCUCGUGGGAUACUUGAAGACUUGUUAAUGCCUGUGGAUGAAUCUCAAGAUUACUAUAAAAAGCAUCAGCUAAGAGAGCUAGCGUUGUUGAACGGUACACUACGUGAAGAAGGAUCUCCAAUGUCUGGUGGUGGUUCUGUCUCCCCUUUCCACAACAGCCUUGGUAUGAAGAGAGCCAAGACCCGGGGGUAAUCGAUCCCCGUUGGCGGUAAGCUUUUUGAAGCUUGUUUGUUGUCCAGCCAGUAAUUGGGAAUUCCCAAUGCACCAGGUGUUGCUGUAUCAGCCUUUGCCUCCGACUGACUGCCAUCCAUCGGGGCACUGGCACUGUUGAAUGCCAGUUCUAAUUUUUAUAUGUCAAGUGUGUUUUAUCUUAUUUUAAGGAAAGUUUUAAUCGCAUAGUCAAGAGCCAGCUGAGUUCAUGGGUUUUGCUAUUUGAUGUUGGUUAAGGCAGUUUGGACUCCUAGUCUGUUCCUGUGUUAAAAAUUAGGGUUUACUAAAAGCUUGUAUUAACAGUUUUGAUAGUGUGUGAGGUAUGGUUUGUAUGGUAGUAAUGAGCUAAACGUUUGUGUACCCUGUUCCAUAUUGUCUGAAAUGGAGUGUUUUGUAAUACCAUAUAUAGUUUGAACUAGAAUUUCAAUGCACUAUUUAUAUUCUACUGCA